AUGAAUCUGACUAGCUUUAUCUCCAUGAUCCUUGGUCUGACGGCUGGAGUAUUAACUGCCAUCAUCUUCAGCAAGUUUCAAGCCAUCAGCAGAGACAAGGAGACUGUUGUGCCAAAACGCCCGGCAAGGCCCACAUUGACGGGAUCGCAAUGUGUCUAUUUCAGGUUCCCAAAAGAAGCAAAUGAAAUCUCAAAGCAGAAGACACCGGCUGGGCUAUCGGCUGAAGCAGUGAACUUUGACUCCCGGCGGGAUCUUUUUGACCCGAGAUUGAAUAGUACGUUUUUGUACAACAAAGUCAAGAUCCUUUGCUUUGUACUUCUACAGAAGGGCCACAUUGGUAACUAUGGCAAAUCAGCCAAAGCCACUUGGACAAAACAUUGCAAUAAGGUGGUUUUUCUUAGCAGUGUACAAAACGGCGAUAUCGGAACAAUUGAUAUUAAAUUACCAGGGGGCAAAUCUGAUUGGCCAAGAUCCAAGCUAGGGCUGCGUUAUGUAUAUGACCACUUCCUGGACAGUGAGUUUGAUUGGUUCCUUAAGACGGGACACGACUCAUUUCCUGUCCUCGAAAACCUGCGCUAUCUGCUGCUCAUGCACCAAGCCAACAUCCCAAACUACAUCGGUCAUGUGUUCAGUGGACCCAAAUCAGGCGGCUCAGUCUUUGCCCUGAGCAAGCAAGCCUUAGCAUUGAUCGGUCCAACUCUGCAAGACUACGUGCCCGCUUUUGGAGGUGUAGCUGAUGAUUUAGAGAUGGAGGCAUGUCUCAAAGCCGCAGGGGCCACUUCCGAUUACCAAGGAAUGGACCUCGAUGGUGUUCAGAGGUUCCGUAUGAUAGUUCCUGAUCACAAGUUGCCAAUGAAUACAAAGGGUUACACAGCCUGGUAUUGGCAGUACAUCCGACACCCUGAGAAGGAGGUUGCAUUUGUGGCCUCUGGUUCUUGUGUUGUGAGACAUGGAGAACAAGUCUUCAGACCUGGAUAUCGUCUCUAG